AUGCCGCCGUCCGGCCCGGAGCUUGCGGCGUUCACCACCGUCUUCCGCGCCGCCGACUCACACCGGGUCAAACGCAACCGCCAGCCUGUCUCGUGCACCGCGUGCCAGCGCCGCAAGACCAAGUGCGAUCGCCAAAAGCCAUGUGGCGCCUGCGAGAAGCGUGGCGACUCCAUCGCAUGCCGCUUUGGCAUGUCCACGGGCCCCGUCGGCCGUCUUGAGGUCCAGGCGAGGCUGGCGAAGCUUGAGGAGAUGGUCAAGGAUCUGGCUACGUCGGGUCCCCUAGUUACCCAUGGCAGUGAUGAUCUUGUCAAGCCCGGCCACGGGGGAUCGUUUCCACCUGAAGCAUUGGGAGACGGGACGGAGGCCGACUAUCACGGCGCCACGUCGUGGUCGGCCCUGGUCGAGAGCAUCCGCGAUAUCCAGAACGUUCUCGAUACCGAAGAGGACAUGCCUCCUCCUCCCGAAGCGUCGGAGGACCUGGCAGUGCCGGACAUCUUCCUCGGGGACAUGGCGCCGCUCACUAUGGGAGAGGUCAUCAGCAGCCUUCCGUCUCGCCCAGACGCCGACAAGCUGGUGACGACCUACUUCAACGCCAAGUUCCUCGCCGUGCCUUUCAUCCACGCCCAUCACUUCAGACGCCGCUACGAGGCCUUCUGGGAAAACCCCGAGUCCACCAGCUUCCUCUGGCUGAGCAUCAUGUUCUCCAUCCUCAGCGUCGGGGCCAUGAUUGCCAAGGUCAAGGGCCUCGUUGGUCCCUUGCUGCUCUCCGUCUCGGAGCCCAAGUUCUACAUGGUCCGCUCCGCGCAGUGCCUCAUCACCGGCCAGUACCUCAAGGCUAAGGCCUUCUCCGUCGAGGCCCUCAUGAUGUUCGCCCAUUCGCGCAAUGUGCAAAAGGAGGACUCGGAUCCCACCAUUUGGGCCUUCUACGGGCUCACCGUCCGCCUCGCCCAGCGCAGGGGCUAUCACCUCGACGCCGCCAAGGUCUCGCCCAACAUCACGCCUUUCGAGGCCGAGAUGCGUCGCCGCACCUGGUUCAUGAUCCAGUCGGCCGACCUGCUCUUCUCCUUCCAGCUCGGCAUGCCGCCGAUGAUCUAUCAGGAAGUCUGCAACGCCGACCACCCCCGCAACCUGAUCGACGACGACUUCGAUGAGGGCACCGAGGUGCCCCCUUCGCGCUCGCCGACGGACCCUACGCCGCUCCUCGCCUGGCGCAUCAAGUCGUUCCUCUGUCGCAUCACCCGGCGUGUCAUGCGGCACGCCCUCGCCGUGGACCAGACGCCGUACGAGGAGACCAUGGGCCUCAACGCGGAGCUGGAAGCCUUCUACGCAACCAUCCCGCCGUGCUACCGCAUCCGCUCCAUCCGCAGCACCUCGUUCACCGACGAGGGCUACACCAUCAUGCACCGCCUGAUCCUCGAGCUCAUGUACCGCAAGACGCUCUGCGUGCUGCACCGCCAGUACCUCAGCGUCGACAAGGACGAGUCCAAGUACAAGGCGUCUCGCGAGAUCUGCCGCGACGCUGCGCUGCGCAUCCUCGACCUGCAUCUCGAGUUCGACCAGGAGAUCCGGCCCGGCGGGAGGAUGUACGAGGACCGUUUCAUGGUUUCGAGCCUGACGCUACAUGACUUCCUCGUCGCGGCUAUGGUCAUCUGCCUCGAUCUUAGCGAGUCUACGGAUAUCAGUCUCUACGACCGCCAGCACCGCGUCCGUAUCCUCCAACGCGCCCACGCAAUCUGGACGGAGCGCGGCGCCAAGUCACAAGAUGCCCGCCACGCCUCCAAGGUCCUCGCCGCCAUCUUGAACAAGGUUGAGACGCCUCCGGCCGCCGAUACGAGCCUCUCCAACGGCUCCACCCUCGUCGCCGGAGACACGCCGAGCAUGAGCGACGCGUACGCGCUUCCGGAUCUGUCCCCGAUGCAGAUCACCGAUUAUCCCGUCAACUUUGACGAGCUCCUCCCGCUCGAGAGCUUCUUUGGCGCCACCGAGGGCCUGGACUGGGUAUGUUGCGUCCCCUCUCUUCCUUUUGCUCUCCGUCGUAUUUUUAGCCCGCAGCUCCAGUUUAGCCUAACAAGCCUGGCAGAACUCCAUCGACCAGUACCUCCGCCAUGGGGGCACGAAUGA